CCGAGGCUCUUUGUCCCAGAAGCCCAUUGUAUAGAGCGGAGGAAACCCUGUGCCGUGGGCAGCCAUCUUGGAUAGACAGCUCAUACUUGAGCCAGGAUCACCUGCAAACCUCUUCUGACCAGCCCAAGCUCUGAAGACCGCAUUUCUGAGCCACAAUGGCCACCGCACCGUACAACUACUCCUACAUCUUCAAAUACAUCAUUAUCGGGGACAUGGGGGUAGGGAAGUCAUGUUUGCUUCACCAGUUCACAGAAAAGAAAUUCAUGGCAGACUGCCCUCAUACAAUUGGCGUGGAGUUUGGUACAAGGAUAAUUGAGGUGAGCGGGCAGAAGAUCAAGCUGCAGAUUUGGGACACGGCAGGGCAAGAACGCUUCAGGGCCGUCACCCGCUCCUACUACCGCGGAGCCGCAGGGGCACUCAUGGUCUACGACAUCACCAGGAGAAGCACGUACAACCACCUCAGUAGCUGGUUGACUGAUGCCAGAAACCUCACCAAUCCCAAUACUGUGAUCAUUCUCAUAGGAAACAAAGCAGACUUGGAGGCCCAGAGGGACGUCACUUACGAGGAGGCGAAGCAGUUUGCUGAGGAGAACGGUCUGUUGUUUCUGGAAGCCAGUGCAAAAACAGGUGAAAACGUCGAGGAUGCCUUCCUGGAAGCUGCUAAGAAGAUCUACCAGAAUAUUCAAGAUGGCAGCCUGGACCUGAACGCGGCCGAGUCAGGGGUCCAGCAUAAGCCCUCGGCUCCACAGGGCUGCCGGCUAACCAACGAACCACAGCCUCAGAGGGAAGGCUGCGGCUGCUAAUGACCAAGCAAACGUCCCUUUGCCCUCCCUCUCUCUGUCUGUCUCUCUCUCUGUCUGUCUGUCCGUCCCGCCCGCCCUCCCUCCUUCAACCGACCCUCUCCAUUCAUUCCACCACCUCUGUACGUUCAUACGUCACUGCACCGGGAGCGUGAGAGCAGGGCUGCGGAGGGAAGGAACAGGGGGGGCAAAUAUCGACUUGGGCCAGACUGAGCUGAGCUGCGUGGACUACAUCUCCCUCCUCCUCCUCCUCCUCCUUUUUCUCCUCCUCUAUGCCCCUCCGUCUCCCUUUGUCGCUCUCUCACCCCUCCUCUCUAAAACUCUGUCAGCCGUGUUGUCGUCUCAUAACUCUCCCCUCGCCCCCCCCCCUCCUCGUCAUAGUAUCGUAGAAGAAGCCACCACUCGUUACACAGGUCACUGACACUUUAGGUAGAUGUAAUGUUCAUACGAUAAUGAUAAACCGAGACUGUUUUUUUAUGUUUGGUUUUAUAGCUUCUAUAUGAAAUGUAAACACUGCAUUAAGUUUCAUCCAGCACUGAUCAGUUCUGUACGAUCUAAAUUAUAUUCCUGAAGCCCUCGCCGCCUCUCCUGCAUGGUUUUGCGAUAUCUCGAAAUCGCGCUUUAUUCGUGUGGGAACAGUGAAGGCAAUGAAGUAGUUGUGUAUCAUGCAGCCGCCAAGGCUCCUAAGCCUAAGCCUGAGUCCAGGAGCUGAGCGAGCUGCCUGUUGGCUUUUAAUUCUAUUUUUUGCUGCUUGGCACAAAGCAAAUUCCCUGGCCAGAUGUGGCAGCACUGAUGAUCUCAGUAGAGAUUAUUUAGAAAACAAGGAAUUACCCUGUAACUCCUUUGGGGUAAUUCCCAAGUCUCUCCACUGGGAUAUCGCAGGAAGGAAUAUUGGGUGUUUUCCAGUUUGUGUGCGCUCGUGUGUUAGGAGGUUGAAUGAUCGCUUCUUUUGACUAAGUUAAAAUGACACUUUAGCAAAACGAAAAUCCUUUUCCAUUUUUCUCCUUAAAUUUUUUUUAUUUUCAUUUUUUGCACCAGUUCUCCCUCACCCAUCUCUCCUCAGAACCCUCCUCCUCCUCCUCUUCGUCAUAUCAAACAGAUUCUGUCUUUUCCAGCAUUUUCUUUGUCAUUGUUUGUUGCCUUAUUACAAAUGAACGUUGUUACUCUUUAAACUGUUUCGCCGCGCUCGCUCUUCACUCUGCUGUCGAGAUUCACCCUAAUUCAAUAAAUCAAGUCUUUUAGAAUAAUUCUCGCAUUUUACUAGUAAAAUAAUAUUUAAAAAUAGAAGUAAAUGGUUCCCGCGGUCGUCGCGUCUCAGAUGGCCGAGAAGAAGUAUCAGCAGCAUGGGUGUAAAAAAACAAACUCACACUCCUUUUUAUCUAAAUGACACCGCACUGAAGAGCUCAUCUCUUGUUCAUUCGAGCUGCCUCCCACAAUGCAACACCAAGCAGCAUGCCCCCGCCCCCCCCACGACCCCGCCCUUCUUGACACAAAUCAAAUUGUCUAAAUCAAAUUGUUUUGUUUUUUUUGUUGUUGUUUUUCAAGUUUCUGUAUCAUAGUGAUUCUCUGAUUGGACAGCUGUAUAUAUUGCUUCUUAACUAUUGGUGAUGACCUCGCUACUGUACUUUUGGAUUUAGAAAAUUUAUUUGGUGGCUCUGCCAAGAUCUGUACAGUUGGUGUGCUAGUGGGUUGCCUGUAAUUCAUGCUUGGGAAAUUCUGUAACAUAGUUUCUAUUAAUAAAUGUAUGUAAAGGACAGACACCUAGACCCCACCCCCUUAACCACCCCCCACCCCAUUCACACACUACUGAACCUGCCGAUUGGUUGAGGGGAGAGGAAGUGGAUUGAGAUGACGCGCAAACUAGUAUUUAUGUCUUGAUUCCUCUCAUUUCUGUGCGGAGUUGAGAACGGGGCACUUUCAUGUCGAUUUUCUUUUCUCCACCCAUUCGUCGCUCCUCUCGUGUGGGAGGGGUCCGCAUCGCUGUCUUAACUUUUUCGGGGAGCGGGGAUUGAUUUGUUAUUUGUGGGAAGUGGGUGGGCUGGGGUCUUUCUUUUUUUCCUGUGUCCCACCUCUUCGCAGUCCGAGUGACCACUUCCUGCUUUUGUCUGUCCACAAGUACAAAAAAAAACAAAACAAAACAACAAAAACGUACAUAUGUAUAAAUUUUUAAGGAGCUGUGCUAACAUUUAAAUGCGUUCUUGCGUGUUUAUGAUUUUAAAAUGUUGACAUUUUGAUUUUAAUGAUAAAAAUACUCUAGACAGAAAAAAUAAAUUAUACAUAACCUGUU